AUGACAACGUGGUCCACACGACAGAAGCGGCAGUGUUUGCUGAAGGUAUUCACCCUCCUUUCCGUGGCCGUGUCCACCUACAUGGCCCUGGCGGUCUACCAUUCCUUCUCAACAAACAAACAGCUCAACACCAAGGACAUCAUGGACUUCGAAUUCAUGUCAAAGGAUGAGUACACUAUCCCUGAUAUCAUUCAUUUAUAUUGGCCUAUGGAGGAGAUACCCGCAGAUGUGGUUCCGUGGAUUAGAAAAUGGCGGAAGACGAACCAGGAUUAUGAGGUAUGGUUUUGGACGGAUGACGCAGUACGGCAGGUAUUGGCACGAAGUAAUCCAAAAUUUUUACAAACAUUUGAUCAUUUCUCACAAAAGACUCAACAGCGCUCGUUGACGUUGCGAUAUUUUUUGCUGUACACUUUCGGAGGUGUUUUCGCGGAUUUAGACAUCGAACCCCUGGCGUCAUUGGAACCGGUUCUACUUUCAAAACAGUGUAUUUUCGCGGAGGAACACCCGGUGCAUAAGAUCGCCAAAUGGCAGCAUCUAAAAACGCCAGUGAUAGACAGCAUCAUGGCGUGUAAACCAAAACAUCAAUUUUUCAAAUUUGCUGUCGAUAAAAUCUCAACGUCACGUAAGCAGGAUUACACUGGGACAGAACUCCUUACGGAUCUACUGAAGGCAUAUCGGGAUUCUAAUGGUACGGAGUCCAGUACGAUUGUCUACCAGCCGUAUUCUGUGUUUUUGCCAAGUUAUGAUAAACUUCAACCAAACGUAAACGAGUUUUUUCGGACAUGUUUCAAAUAUGGUCGCAAGUCUGUGGCGGCGGAAUGGUGUCGGCGUACGCAUGACAAGAAGUUCUGUAACUGUCCAAUGAAAGACUCCGUUACAACGCACCAUUGGCAGCACCCGUUCGCGCGUAGAAAUACAAAUACUAUAUCAGUGAGGAAGGUAAUGACAGAUGCAAAGAUUAUGAAGGAUGUGUUUAAAGUGCACAAAACAUCAACCACACAUAAAAAGCUCUAG